UCAGACUUCCACCUCUUCUAUCAGCACGAAAGGCAAUCAUCAAUCCUAUAAACAUGGACCAGCAAUGUUUCAAAUGGGCCAUCCUCGCCAAACAUGUACAAGGCAGUAAUCCUCAACGAGUCAAUGAGCGAUACCAUCAAUUGGAGGAGAGAUACAACUUUUCAGGCAUUGGAUUUCCCACUACCAUCAACCAAAUCGAUAUAUUUGAGAAAGAUAAUCCGGAGGUAUCAGUUAAUAUUUAUGGUGUGGAUGAGAAGAACGUUAUAUUUCCAAGAAGAGUUGGAAAUGCAAUAAAGGCAGAUCACUUUGAUCUUCUCCUCCUCUGUGAGAGUAGGGUUGAUGAUGAAAACAGCACCCUUGAGGAUGACAAUGAACAUAAAUCAAAUAGCCACUACUGCUACAUUAAAAAUUUUGAAAGACUUGUAAGAUCCCAACUCACAAAAUGUCAACAUAAAAUUAUCAUCUGCAGACGAUGUUUCACCCAUUACACCCUCGACAGAGAUGGAGAACGCAGGAUGGCUGAGCAUGAGGAGUAUUGUGCUAGCAAUAAUACAGCAAGAAUCAUCAUGCCACAGGUUGGAAAAGAUGGUAAACCUCCAACCUUGAAGUUUGAGAAACAUGUGCAAAAGUAAAGAGUACCUGUUGUAGCAUACGCCGAUUUUGAGUACAUCCUGGAGAAACCUGAUGAAGACAAUGAACAAUGGAUUGGUGAAGCUACUAAAGUUAUCCAGUAUCAUCGGGCAAUGAGUUAUUGCCUCUACUUUGUUAGAGAUAAGGACUUGCUUCCAUCAUGGCUGACAAUCACUAACCUAAUCCCUCAUGAGCCAAUUGUCUACAGGGGUCCUGAUGCUGCCAGACAUUUCAUGAAGACCCUCACCAUGUAUGCAAAAGAGUUAGAUGAGGCAAUUGACUGCAGGAAUAUCAAGUUGCUCCCACUAACCAAAAGAGAGCAAGCACAACAUAAUGCAGCCGACUUCUGUGAGGCCUGCAAUGAACGGUUCAAUGAAGAUAAGGUGUAUGACCAUUGUCAUAUAACUGGUAUCUACCGGAAUGCAUUAUGCCGUAAAUGCAACCUGCAGCGACAACGACAAUCAUUCAUACCAGUGUUUCUCCACAACUCAUCAAACUAUGAUACACACCUUAUUAUUCCAGAGCUGGGUAGAGAUAAGGAUCAGCUGUUUGUCAUCCCAAACUCGUUGGAAAAGUAUAUAUCAUUCACCAAACGAAUAUCUACAAAAAUGCACCUUCGAUUCAUCGAUACAUUCCGGUUUACACCUGAUAGUUUAGACAACCUGGUCGCUAACCUAGUCAAAUCAGCAUCGAAUCCAGGAGACUUGACCAAAGUGCUACCACAUACUGCCAAGGUGUUCACUGAGCAAAGCUGAUGAGAAGAGGUAUAUUCUAGAUGAUGGAAUUACAACUCUUGCAUAUGGACAUUACAAGAUCCUCACUCCAGCACACAAGGAUGAGGAGAAGGAGGAGGAGGAGGAGGAGGAGGAGGAGGAGGAGGAGGAGGAGAUGAUUGACUCUCAAGAAAUUCUCAAGGCAGCUAGCAGUACUACCACAACUAAACGUUUACAUUCCUCAUCACAUGAUGAGCUCAUUGAUAGAGUCAAUGAGGCAGCUAGCAGUACUAUCCCUGCUAAACGGUUAUGUUCCAUAUCAAAUGAUGAGCUAGCUGAUAUGAACAAUGACUAUGAAAUAGAUGGUGAUGCAUCUCAGUACAGCAUUCUGAAAAAAUUGUUCAAAGACUGAGUGGGAGGAUGAUAUCAUUUCUAGGAAUAGAUGAUGAUGUCAUUUCAUGUGUUAAGGAUAGUAUAAAAGGAGGAAGCAUUGUUCUAUUAUAUUCAGUCGAUGGAAAUCUUGUGAGAAGAAGUGUAAAGCAGUGAUUACAGUUUGUGCAAAGUUUUUACAGUGAUGGGUGAUCAAUCUCAUGU